AUGAAAUACUGCACACUCUGCGGAAUACCUUUCACCAGGAGCCUUAAUGAGGACUGGAUUGAGAAUGUCCGAGCAGUUUGGAUCGAAGGCGACAGCUGGGAUCGCACGGCCGUCUCUGGAGUUGGAAGAUCGGGAGAAUACGAUGACAUCCCUUCAGUGGUUGUCCCAGCAGAUUUCCAAACUCGUCACGAUAGCCGCUCUGGGCCGGGGGCUACGAUAGACGUUGGCUUGGCGCCGAGCGAUCCAACAAUUUUCAUGGAUCCCGAGGCAGCCGAUGAAGCCUGGGGCUAUGGCUUCCAUGAAUCGUGCUGGGCCAUAUUCACCAAGAAUUACACACCUAAUCUUGAUAACCUUUUUGUGGCCUGCCUUUCUAUUCCGACUGACGCGGAUGCCCUGAUUGAUUGGGGCCAUGAUUACGAGGGGGCUUCUAAAAUUGAACAAAUAGGCGACAUGCCUGUACGAACCACUCGUUUCCGUUCCUGGGAAUCUAUACCUACAGUUCUCCGGUCGGAUCCAUAUGACGUCCCCAGCCUUAACAAAGCCAUCAAGGGAGCUGUACGCCUACAAACCGACGUCUUCAUGAGUCGCUUAAAACCAACGGUACAAGGUCUCAAAAGCGACACCUUCUCUAACUUAGUCCCGGAACUUCUUCAAGCAAUUGCUAUACUUCUACCGACACCAGACGUCCACUCUCUACGGCUCGCAUCUCCCGUCUUUGCCACACUGGAGCUGCCCGAAAGCUUCUGGGCAUCACGCUUCCAACCUGGUCGCGAGUUCGAUUACUUGCCUGAAGUUCAUGACACGCCUCCUGAGUCAUGGAUGACCUUGUAUCAUUCGCUGAAGAUCUGGGCACCCGGGGUCCCGAGUCUGAUCAACCGCCAGCGGGUUUGGGGUCUUGCUAAGCGUCUUCAAGCCACCCUUAUUCAAAUGGACUGUGUCUCUUGUCAUGGGUCUCCGUUAAGAACGUGGUUUGAAGCUAUUCCUGAUAGCAUGAAAAGGAAUGGGCAUGAGGUUUCAUGGCAUACAGCUUCACGCGCUGUUGCCAGUCCAGGACAAAGUUUCCACUACGGCUCUCGAGUUUUGAGGGCUCGUGCCCUAUACUUUCCAGAGCCUGUGAAACUCCGUCAAAUGUCCAUAUCUUUCAUUGAUACAGCGGCCGGAAAGUUUGUCUCUGGCUUCCGUGUGGUUGAUAACGAUGGAAAAUCUCAUACUUUAGGAUAUCAGCACGAGGAUAGCAUGUGCCAUAUACUACUUCCUCUUGACAAGCCAAUCCAAGGAUGGGAACUGGCCAUGGACUUACGCGGCAUCAAAGGGAUUGCUGCUGUUCGUAGUGAUGGAAAUCUCACUAGCUGGGUAGGCGAAUCAGCUGGUCUCCCAAGGUGGCGAUUGCAAGGAUCCCAAGGAGUUUCUGCAGUCAAAGCUGAGUUCGAUGCUCUGAAGCUUGUUUCACUUAGUCGCGAUAAGUUUCCCAACCAAGAAAAAUGGCUGAACAACUGUCUGUGGUAUCCCGAAGUACCCAGAGAAGGGCUACUAUUCAACGGAAGCAGAGGUGAUGAGCCACGAGCCAAAUACAAUCUUCCAGUAGCCACCGUUCUUUUCGGCGGAUCAGAUGGUCGAUAUCUGCCUCAACUAUCGGAGGUUGUCGUAUGGGUCUACGACAUUUGCCAUGUGGCAGGAAUAGAGUUCCGCUACACAGAUAGUUCACAUAACUGCCAACUUGGUUAUGUUGGCCCGUUUGACGAGAGCUACCCCGGUCGUAGGAACUUCAGUCCCGACUCUCAUGAUAGCACAGUGUCCUUCCACAUUGAUGGCGCUUCUGGUGAGCGAUUGUCUAGUAUUGACGUACAGACGAGUGGAUCACAUGUAGUUGGGCUCAGGCUUCGAACCAAUCUCGAUCGAACUGUCCAAACACCUGACUACCCUUAUGGAACAAAAAAAGGCUGGACUACAGUUGACGGAAAGGGAUCUCAAAUUAUUGGCAUGUUCGCCACACUUAGUCGGCCUUUCUGGGAUCUUGGUCUCAUAUCGAUAUGA